AUAUUGCGUUUACGAGCAAUUUCUUAAAUCUACCUAAAUCUAAAUUAAACUUAAAAUUAUCAAAAUGGUAAACACAGACUUAGCAAGCUCAUCAAACUCCUCAACUUCUUCAAAUCGGUCAUACGUUUCAAUCGAAAUUUCAAUCGCAAAAGAUAUGUUAACACGUUUUGACGGAUCAAAACAUAAAUUUCAUGAAUUUAUAUAAAUGUGACAUAAUUGUGACAAAGCUAAUCAAUAUGUUAAACCCGAAUUAAAAAAUAUUUUAUUCGCUAUUAUAGAAACACGAAUUACUGAUAAUGCUAGGGCCAUAAUAAGAAACCGUUCAUUUAAUAAUUGGCAGGAAUUAAAACAACAUUUGUUAGAUUUAUAUUCCGAAAAACGAACCAUGAGCCAAUGGCAAUUGGAAUUAAAUUCUUGUCGUCAAAAUGUAGGCGAAAACGUUUUAUCCUUUUCAAAUAAAAUAGAACACUGUUAUGUAAAAUUAAUUAACUCUUUAGACGAGGACCUUACUAGAGAAGCUCGUACAGCGUGCUCAGAUUUAUUGAAGAACGAAGCAUUAAGAAUUUUUAUAAGUGGUCUAAAUAAAGAUCUCGCGUUAAUUGUAAAGUCACAAAAAACAGAUUCUCUAGAAAGCACAAUCGCUUUGGCGUUAGUCGAAGAACAAGAAUUAAAAUCAAAAGCAGACAUAUUCAAAUACCAAAAUGUUAAUAAUUCAUAUGCAAAAUUAUGUAAUAUUUGUAACAAAUCGGGUCACACCACAUUCAAUUGUAGAUAUAAAAAUCAACAACCACCCAAUAACAAAAAUCAAUUCCAAAAUAAUAAAAGGCAAUUCCAUAUCAAUCAGGUUCAAGGGUCAAGUCAAAAUUCACAUCGCAGUUCAAAUCAUANAUUUCAGUUCUAUUGCCCAACCUCUUACCAAACUAUUAAAAAAGGAUACCCCUUUCCUAUGGACCAGUCUACAACAGAAUUCUUUUGA